UCGCGCGAAAUUCUUGUUUGCGAGUUGAGAGUGCUUAUAUUUACAAUUUUUAUGUAGUGAUGCUUCAAACGCAACAACCGUGAUGGCGAAGAUGUUAAAGCCAACACAUUCCUUCAUUAAGAAGGCUAUCGAUAAGGUCUCCACGGCGACGACCGGCCGGCCGCAGUUCAAGUACAAGAAACGCGAGGACAUACACUGCGGAAAGACGGGCAUGGACAUUCCCAACUAUGACAUCGCGUCACUGUCGAGUCAGUUGGUGGCGGCACACUCCGGGCCGGACGGCGGACUGGCCAGCCUAAAGCUCGGCAAGUCCGAAAUUGACGAGACGAUGGACGUGCCGUUCUCGCACCGACGUCGAGGAAGCGGGUUGGCGAGCAUCCACAGCAACUGGGCGGAGAAGACGACGUUCGGCUACGGCAUCGCGACCUCACUCUACGAUGUGCACCCCGUCACAGGCGAGAUGACUGGAGAGCCCGUCGCCGACGUGUUUGGCAUCUGCGCUCGUGAGAACAACUGCAUCCUCGCGCUGGCCGACGGCGUUAACUGGGGCGAGCGCGCGGCGUGCGCGGCCCGCGCCGCCGUCUACGGAGCCAUGGACUACCUCAACAAGGAGCUGUUCGUCGAGGGCCGCAACCCGGAGAACACGCAGGAGUGUGUUCCUGCUGCUGUGAAAGUCGGAGCUUCGACCUCGGCACAAGCGCGGCGAUCAUCGUAG